GUAAACAAUCAUUUAAAAACCCCAUAAAAAUGGUUAAAAACGAGCCCAACUUUGUGGUGGAGCGCAUCAUGGACAAGCGCAUCACCAGCGAGGGCAAGGUGGAGUACUUCAUCAAGUGGCGCGGCUACACCUCAGCGGACAACACCUGGGAGCCCGAGGAGAACUGCGAUUGCCCCAAUCUCAUCCAGAAAUUCGAGGAGUCGCGUGCGAAGUCAAAGAAGCGCGGCGAGAAGAAACCGAAAUGCGAGGAGAUCCAGAAGCUGCGCGGCUACGAACGCGGCCUGGAGCUGGCCGAGAUCGUGGGCGCCACCGAUGUGACGGGGGACAUCAAGUACCUGGUGCGCUGGCAGUUCUGCGAUGAAUUCGAUCUGGUGCCCAGCAGCCAGCUGUCGGAGAAGGAUCCCCAAAUGCUGAUUGCCUACUACCAGAAGAUGGCUCCCUAUUCCCGCCACAUUGCGCGGCGGAUGAAGGGCGUCCCGGAGGAGCUGCGUUCGGCGGCCUCGCGAUCGAGUUAUUCGCAUAUUCCUCCCCAGGUCGAAGUGCAUCAGCCGGAGGUGGAUCCGUCGUCCGAUUUGGUAGGUCAACUGGGCGGUGGCAUUCCCCAGGUGCCGCAGCACCACACGCCCAUGGAUCUCGCCGUUGAUCCCGACGAUCUGGCCAGCGUUUCCUACUCGAUUCCCGUUCCCGGCGUGGGCCACAUUGGCAUCGAUGUGCCCAUGGCGGAGCAGCAAUAAGAAGAUUCAUCUCUGUUCAACUUUUAAUCCUAGCCCUUAAGUUAACUCGUCCAGAUUGAUGUAGCCCAGCUGGCCGGAGCGAAAGAAGUGUAUGAAUUUCCUUGCGGCCGCCAAUAAAUUUGUCAUCACCUCCA